AUGCCGGACCAAAAGGGCGUCGCGAAGAAGAACAACCGCGAACCUAGCGAGGACGUGAUCGCGCUGAUCCGGUCGUCCUCCGCGGUCGCGUUCGACGUCGACUCCACCGUGUGCGUGGACGAGGGCAUCGACGAGCUCGCGGCGUUCCUCGGAAAGGGCGACGAGGUCGCGGCGAUGACGGCCGCCGCGAUGGGCGGCGGCGUCUCCUUCCGCGACGCGCUCGAGGCGCGUCUGCAAGUCAUGCAGCCGACGAGAGCCUCCGUCGACGCGUUCGUGAAGAACAACCCGCCGAAGCUCUCCCCGGGCAUCCCCGAGCUCUUCGCGUCCCUCCGCGGCGCGAACAAAACCGUCUACCUCGUCUCCGGCGGCUUCCGGCAGAUGAUCGCGCCCGUCGCCGCCGCGUUGGACGUGCCUCCCGAGAACGUCUUCGCGAACAACAUCCUGUUCAACGACGACGGGUCGUACGCGAGUUUCGACCCGACGGAGUUCACGAGCAAGGCGGGAGGUAAGGCGGAAGCGGUGAAGCACGUCAAGGCUUCGAAGGGCCACGAGGUGAUGGCCAUGGUGGGAGACGGCGCGACGGAUCUGGAAUCGAGGGCGCCGGGCGGCGCGGACGUGUUCAUCGGGUACGGCGGCGCGCAGGUGAGGAAGGCUGUGGAGGAGGGCGCGGACUGGUUCGUGAAGGACUUCACGAGGUUCAGGGAGGUCGUCGACGACGCGUGA